CGUGCGUCGGUCAGGUCGGGCAUUGUACGCGUGUUUGGCGGCAAGUGCACCACCGCUUUCGUCCGCUCGCCACCCGGCGCAUAUUAUAAUAUAAUAUUAUAAUAUUAUACAGGCGACGGGGGCAAUAUUUAUUGCGAUAGGACGUAGUAACGGUCGAUCGCACCGCUUCGUAUCGCCCCGCGCCGUCAUCGAAAUCCGUUUUGUUUUCCUCGCGCCGUUUUGCGGUUUUUUUUUUUUUUUUUUACUCGUCGUCGUUUGCCGCGUUUUUCGCGUUUUCCGUUCGACGUGUUCGUGUGUGAGCGCGUGUCCUUACGACGUACGGUACCGAGUGAUUUCGCCGCCGUCGACGCGAUAGAACACCAAACUGAAAUAAUUCGUGUAUGAAAAAAAUAAAUACCAAUUCGUUAAUUGAUAUCGUACGCGGGUGUGUUGGUUGUACGGCGCGAGUGUGUUUAACCGAAGACGGCGAUAUACGAUACGGUUACAAUAUUAUAAUAGUCGUGUUGCAGCAAAGGUGAUAUACCAGCCGCCGCGGCCAGCUCAAGUCCGGUGAAAUGACAAACAGCAGUUUCGGCUGAGUCCAGUGCACUGCAUCUGUCGUUCGUUGCAUUGCAAGGUGAAUAUCAAAAAUAUUUCAAAACAAUUUCAAUAACGAUCUAUUAUAUCUAACGUUACACAAUAUUGAGAGUUGCAGAACAUCAACAAUCUGAUACUGCGGAUCUCAAUAUUGUUUUGUACUCGAGACCGUUACAACUGUAUUAAAACAAUGUUUUUUGCUUACAAAUGUUGACAAGACGAAACUGAAACAUAAUUUGGGUGGCAGCGAACAGUCGACACAUCGUGCAAGGAUGGUGGUGACAUCGGGUUGCCAAUCUCACGGACACCAUCAAAAGUUCAUUGCAUUAUUGAUACUGUGCUUUUUGGACUGUGGUCAAGGUGACGGUAAAGAAAAACGAGAAAUAUCCAGUCCGAAGAGUAAAAGUGGACAACCAGGGGGAUCUGGUAACUCAGAAUGGCAGCAACUAUGGUAUUCGAGCGUUGAUGAAUUUCAAAAGCUCACGGAGCCACUUUUAGACAACACCACUGAAACUAACCUCACUGUGCCAUUAGGAAGCACAGCUUAUCUUCAUUGUCGUGUCAGAAACUUAGGCGAGCGAACGAUAUCAUGGGUUCGCCGCAGGGACUGGCACAUCUUGACUUCGGGAAUGUUUACGUACACAAACGACGAAAGGUUCACCGUGUUGCACGCCGAGGGCUCGGAUGAUUGGACAUUGAAAAUAAAAUACGUGCAGAAAAGAGACAACGGCACAUACGAAUGUCAGAUAUCCACUGGAACAGGCAUAAUGUCCUCGUUCAUCAACGUUCACAUCGUCGUUCCUGAGGUCCACAUUGAUGGACCAAGUGAACUCCACGUAGACAUGGGCAGCAUAAUAAAUCUUCUCUGUAUCAUUGAAAAAAGUCCGCAACCUCCACAGUACGUGUUUUGGUAUCAUAAUGAAAAAAUGAUCAAUUAUGACAAUAUCAGAGGUGGUAUUGUAGUCAAUACAGAAAAUGGAGGCCGUAGUACCAGCAGGUUGACCAUCCACGACGUUAUUGACACUGACAGUGGAAAUUACACAUGUGAAACUGCAAAUGCCGAACAAGCUUAUGUUUACGUUUUUGUAUCUGAAGGAGACACAAUGGCUGCUAUAUCACGUAGAAAGUCCACGGCUUCGGGAAUCGAAGUGAUGCUAUGGUUUGUAGCUUUACCACUGAUGGUAAUAUCCAUUAGAUAAGGGAAAACGAUUCUUAUGAAUAGGUCAUAAAAAUUAUUAUAUGUAUGUAUUUUAUCUUUGUAAAAAGUAUAAUUAUUAUGAUUAUUGUUAAACAUUCUUAAAAAUGUAAUUUGUUUAAUCGUGUUUUAUUUCAAUUACCAGAAUUAAGUAAAAUAAUAACUUUGAAAUAAAUAUUUAGAACUUAGCCAAUUAUUAUUAACUAAUUAAUUAAUCUCAUAAACCCACACUUAAUAUUAUUAGUAUCGUUACCAUUACAUUUGUUUAUAUCUACCUAUAUUAUAUUACAGAUACAAUUUAUUAAUAUAUCUAAAAAGUGUUAUAAAAUUUAAAUUGUAUUAAAAUAACUAUAAUGUUACAUAACCUUUUUGAUUUGGUUUUAAUUAUCGCACUUAAGUUAUAUUGUACAGGGUUACACAUACUUAUUUCCAAAAAAAAAAAAAUAUAUUAAUUUUAUUUUAAUCGAAAUUAAUUAAAACUUAUAUUAUUAACGAUAAUAUUACAAUAUUGUAUAUACCAUUUUUAUAUGACUCUUUUCCGUUAUGCGUUGUACUAAUGUAUAAGUUUAUAUUAAUUAAUAUUUUUGGAAAAUUAAUGCCUAAAACUAAUUGUUUUUAUUUUUAAUUUUUUUAUUUACUAGUUGUUAUUAGUGACUUUAGUUAUCUUCUAAUAUAUAAUAUUUAUAUGAAAAGUUAAAGUUAUAAAGUGUAAAUGAAUAAAAAAAUAUCUAUAUUAAUACAUCUCAAUGUAUACCUAACGGCUAACAUGUUAAUAUAAUUUGGUUUUCUCUGUACCUACUUAUUUGAUUUAUUGGACGUAAAUAGAAUUGUAAUUAAAUAAAAUUAUUAUUAAUAACUUACUAUAAUAUUAUAUUAAUUAUUAGUAUUUUAAAAUUGUUGUGACAUAAUAUAUUUUAAUGCUGAUUGUACGUAAUGGAAUUUUUAAAACAUCAUAAUAUUAAGUAUGUAUAUUCUGGUACUAUGUUAUAUUGUUUGAAAACGACAUCAUCGGAUAUUCAAUGUAAUAAAAUAAUACAAUUACUAUGCAUAUGUCAUUACGAUAUAAUGUUGAAAAGGACUAAUAUUACGAAAGAAUGAUUGGAAAUAGUGUUGUUUAUGUUUUACAAUAUAAAGGGCUCAAUGAAAAUAUGUUGUAUGUACAGAAUUUCACAAGUUUUUAUGUUUUCUUUUUUCAAAGAGCAAAAAUGUUUAUAACGUAUUCCGUGUAAAAAACUACUAUUACUUAUAAUAUUACAAUACAACUAUCAAAACAUGCAGAGGUUUCUGAGAUGUGAAUAAUGUUCAUCAAUUGGUAAUAUUAUUGUAUUUUUUUUUCCGUAAAUUGUAUUGCCAAAUUGUAAUACUAUAAUUAUAAUAUUAUGACACUUAUAAGUCAGCUGCAUACUAUAUGUGCUUAAGGCAUAAUAAGUCCACUGUAAAUAUUCAUUUUCUUACAAUAACAUGUACAAUGAAUACUUGAAUGUCCUUUUAAUUAUUGUUAAAUAAAUAUUAUAAAAAUAAACUAAGUUUAAAACAAAA